AUGGAUCAAUGCUUGCUGUCCCAAGCCGCAUACAGCACCACCGCAUCUCCGUCACAUCAUCGCGCAGCCGCCGAUCGAGCUGCGCUUGCUGCUUCGCCUCCCAACCGCUUGUCACCGACCCUCACCUCACGACGAGCCGUCAAUACCCCCACCUCCUCCCCGACGGGCAGCUUGCCGCCGUCAACCACGCCUGUACCUGAAACAGGUGCCAUGUCUCAAAAGACGUCGAGGCCUUUGAUUAGCGGUCGUCGCGGACGACUGCGAAUUUCAAGGCCCGAGAACGACUCCCUUCUCCAUCUGCUGCAUCAACACGCCGGCGUUUCGCUAUUUGUCCGCCCGAUAUGCUGGACCGACGUGCACUCGCAACUCCUGGGCGCUAGCUUCAGUGAGCUGCCGCCAUGCGACCGGCCACUGCCCGAGAAAAUGCCUGGUUCGCCGCCUUCAAAGGGCCACUUGCGACCGUCCAAAGCGAUCAUGACCUUGAGCGAUGCCCUGACAGAGAUACUGCUACCAGACGCACUGCACCCGGUCCUAAACUCGCAUGCUGUCAACACUGUGUUAUCAACGCUCUGGCCGGCGGCUUUCUGCCAGCCGCAGCUCCUGCCAGACUUGCACAUCUUCUUCGGCGACCGCGUAUACCGAGACUCGGUGCGCACGCAAGUCAUGUGGAAGUAUCCGGGGGAUACCGCGCCGUCAACACAGAGCUCCUUUGUGUCAAUAUCGACUCGCCAUGCUGACUCGUACAAUUCGUCCGCAAGCUCGGCCUCUGGGCCACGCAAUCCCGCCAAUCUGCCCAUGAUGUGUUACAUUGGCCGGAACCGAUUGGCGGCAAUGCGUAAGAACUUGUUCCGCAUUGUAUCAGGCCCGGGAAGGAACUGGAACGGCCCCGUCGCUCGCCUCCAGCAGCUAAGGGCAAAGGCGCUGUUACCCACAAACCCUGAUCACGACGCGCACUUUGUAGCCAUCUUUCUCGCCAUGGCGCAGCGUCACUUUUACGGCGCACCAGCUCCAUCAUCGCGCCGAGACUCGCAGUGGUCUCCGUCGAAAGGGGCGCCUCAACGGCCUUCGUUUCGCGAUGUCAAACUGAGGAUUCUCACCCAUAAUAAUGACCGAGCCGAGUUCAUGGUGUACACAGGCCACGUCACAGCGCAGUUCUUGGACAGGUUCCACGAACCCUGGAAAGCCCCUCAACUUGACGGCGAUGGAGUGCCGCCGGGAAUCAGGAUAGAGUAUACAAGGGUGCCUAUCUGGCCGAUUCUAGGGCUGCGGGAGCGGUUGGGCAGAGCACUGGGCGAGGAAAUCGUCGGACAGUUUGAUCCGACUCGGAUGGAAACCUGGGACGUGGACGCCGAGAGCGGCGCGACCAAGGAUCAGAAGCGAAAACGGCAAGUCCCUUCCAAAGUCUGCAGCGGGAGCAGCCUUGAAGAGGGUACCGAAAGCGAAAAGCAGCAUUCGCCUGUCAAGGUGAAGCGGCGACGCUUGCCGGAAGGCUCUGCCAUAGGAGUCGCCGUCUAG